AGUGGCGGGGUGCGCUGCUCAGCGCAGCAGCGGCGGCAGAAGCAGGGUUCUGCGCUAAAGGUGGCCGCAGCAAUCUGCUAGGGUGCCGCUCUCCCUAGCCUUCCGCAGCCGCGUGGUGCUGGGAGUGUGCCAGGAGAUCAGAACCCCAGGAACCCACGUGUGCAGGAUCCUGUGGGCACUGAAAUCCAACGUCCUCAUGCCCAUUUCCUGUAAUGGACAAACUUGAUGCUAAUGUGAGUUCCAACGAGGGUUUCACGUCCGUGGAGAAGGUCGUGCUGCUCACGUUCCUUGCAGUGGUUAUCCUGAUGGCCAUCUUGGGCAACCUGCUGGUGAUGGUGGCUGUGUGCAGGGACAGGCAGCUCAGGAAAAUAAAAACCAACUAUUUCAUUGUGUCUCUCGCCUUUGCCGACCUGCUGGUCUCGGUGCUGGUGAUGCCCUUUGGUGCCAUUGAGCUGGUCCAAGACAUCUGGGCUUAUGGGGAGAUGUUUUGCCUGGUCCGGACCUCUCUGGAUGUCCUACUCACCACAGCAUCCAUCUUUCACCUGUGCUGUAUUUCCCUGGACAGGUAUUACGCCAUCUGCUGCCAGCCUUUGGUUUAUAGGAACAAGAUGACCCCUCUACGCAUCGCAUUAAUGUUGGGAGGCUGCUGGGUCCUUCCCAUGUUUAUAUCUUUUCUCCCCAUAAUGCAAGGCUGGAACAACAUCGGCAUAGUUGAUGUGAUAGAGAAAAGGAAAUUCAGCCACAACUCUAACUCCACGUGGUGUGUCUUCAUGGUCAACAAGCCCUAUGCCAUCACCUGCUCUGUGGUGGCCUUCUACAUCCCGUUUCUCCUCAUGGUGCUGGCCUAUUACCGAAUCUAUGUCACUGCUAAGGAGCAUGCCCAGCAGAUACAAAUGUUACAACGGGCAGGAGCCACCUCUGAAAGCAGGCCCCAGACAGCUGACCAGCACAGCACACAUCGCAUGAGGACAGAGACCAAGGCAGCCAAGACUUUAUGUGUCAUCAUGGGCUGCUUCUGUUUCUGCUGGGCCCCCUUCUUUGUCACCAAUAUUGUGGACCCUUUCAUAGACUACACUGUCCCUGAGCAGGUGUGGACUGCUUUCCUCUGGCUUGGCUAUAUCAAUUCGGGGUUGAACCCUUUUCUCUAUGCCUUCUUGAAUAAGUCUUUCAGACGUGCCUUCCUCAUCAUCCUCUGCUGUGAUGAUGAGCGCUACAAAAGACCCCCCAUUCUGGGCCAGACUGUCCCCUGUUCAACCACAACCAUUAAUGGAUCCACCCAUGUACUAAGGGAUGCAGUGGAAUGUGGUGGCCAAUGGGAGAGUCGGUGUCACCUCACAGCAACUUCUCCUUUGGUGGCUGCUCAGUCCAGUGAUACUUAGGCCCUUGGGACAAUGACCUAGAAGACAGCUGUGGCUUGAAACGAAGCCAGUCCUAAGCUGCUACUUGUGUGUAUGUGGCUGGCCCUGGCACUCUCUUCUCCAAGGCUUUCCAAGAGCAUGAGGCAAUCCGCACUGGACUUUCCCGCCAGGAAUCCAGCAGGCGGUAUUUGAGGAAGUUAAGGGAGAGAAGGGCUUCCUCCUUUGCUUUCUGUUUCUCAAGAGUUCUUCCUGGAGUCUCCACUCUUGCUUGGUGGUCUCUGAAGUCUAUGACCUAGUCUCCUUGCUGUUUUCAGUCUGUCCUGUAAACAUUUACUGUGUUCGAUUUUCUGUUUCCAAACAUGGCUUCUUUGAAGUGUCAUCUUACAGAUACUGUCAAAACAUGUGCAUGUCUUGAUCACGUUUCUUGCUUGGUCACAUCUACUAUAGCUGUGUUCAGACACUCCACCAUCUUUCCUUUGCUCUCUUCUCUGCUGGGCCCUUGUUCACUUUCUUUCCUUUGUCUGGGUGUAGACAUGUAUCCUCUUGGCCAACCCUUGUGUCAGCCACAGAGCUCUGUUUUCUUUUUCCUGUGUUUAGUGGUACCAUUCUCUUCAGGACAGGUUCCAUCCAUUUGCAGUCGGAGACACAGAAGAGAGAUCCAUCAGUGGGAAAUGGUCUCUGCAGAAACCCUGGAAGGAAGUCAGGACCAGAUCUAUCUCAUCUGAGAGAUUUCACUUUCCUUUCGGCUUAGAUAGCACACCUAAAGAGCCUUAGGCAGGGCUGGUUCAUCACAUGCAUCUAUUAAGAGAUGCUCAGACUCUUCUAUGAGCUUGUGGUGCAUCACACAGUAGCAGCUCGAAACCUCAGAGUAUGGCUUUGCUGCUUCCAGUGGACCGAACUGAUGGAUGCUCACCUUGUGGAGCCUUGACACUCUUGCUAUCUUCUAGGUGGAGAAGUACGGAGUCCAGAAAGGCUAGUAAUGAGAAAACAGAAUCUGGCUCCAAGUCAGAGGACCCAAAUGUCAGCCCAGGCCCUGCUUCUGUAAGGCUGUGAGACCAUGAACAAUGUCUUUCCAUCUAUGAAUUUCACUCUCUACAUUGCCAAAUUUAACUUGGAGCAGAGGAGUCUUUAAGAUUUCUUUCCAUGUCUAAGACAAUAGGAUGCUGCGAUAGCCUGCCAUCUGCUACCUCAAAAACUCAUGGCCUGCUUACCUGUUGGCUUUGUUUCAAAGGAAUGGCCCUCCUGACUUGGGCAUGCUAGACUUCCGACUUGAUCAUCUGUGCAACCUGGUGAAACACAGUGAACCUGGUGUCUUUCACUCAAAGCCGAGUCCAUAGUUUGUCUCAACUACCCGAGAGCAAAGGUUCUGAGUGAGAGAAGCACCACUUCUCAGAGCCAGGUGAGGUUCAGCUUUCGCCUUGACUGUGGUUUGAUUCCACCUCAGGACUAUGCACUGCACCGUUCUCUUGAGCUUCUCCUGGAGUGGCACUUGCUAGUCCUGUCAGCACUGACUUUCAUUCUGGAACUGAACUUGGCAGGAAAUAGACUAUGGAAUAAGGAAGAGAAGAUUGACAAAACCAGUCAAAUGCCAAAAAAUGAAUUCUCUGUUAUGUGAAGACUUCAAUUUUCUUGAGCACGAGUCUUAGCAAAAGGAAGUAGACCCUGAGAGAGAACUCCUAUAUGCUGCUGGGGGGCGGAGGGAAGCUCUGUGCUAAGAAAUAUUGAUGCUGAGAUGGUUCGUGUCAAAACUGAUCCAAUGGAGCAGUUCUCACUGGAGGCCUCUUCUCAUCCAUCCUGAAGAGAGUUGAAGCAUCACCUUGCAUACUGACCUUGUAGCGGGAUCAGUCCACUUUGAUUUUUUAACUCCUUGCUUCCUUGCUGUGGUUAGGCUCAGCACUCAUUUGGAGGCAAGCAGUGUUUUGAAGCUGGUUCUUUUCUAAUACAAGAGAUGAGAUGCAACCAACCUGCCUCGACUGACCGCAUGCCCACCCCAUCAACGAACAUGGUGGUGGGUGAGUGAUUCAGGCACCGAGUCAAUGAUGGACUGGCUGAGUGGAUGGAACUGAAAGCUGGAUGGUGGGAGCCUCAGGAAUGCUUCCACGUACUCUGUAACAGUUGAUGUGGAAAGAAAUUAUGUUUAUGGAGACAUUUUGUAAAAUAUAAAGGGACAGCUCAUAUGUUUGCUAUUAUUAUGGGUAUUUUGAAUUACUGUGCUCUCAAGACCACUUUUUUUUUUUCACUAAAAAAUGAGGUCAGUUUAGAGUGAGCUUUCUGUGUUGGAAACAAAACCCGAGAGCAACCCUUGGGUACCAACACACCCCUGGGUACUCAUCCUUAUUAAUUGCUUCUCAUUGGUUGCUUAGCCCACACAUUUAUACAUCACCCUCCAUUUAAAGGGAUUUCUUUGUUCUCAAAGGGGUGAAUAGAGAAGGAGACCGUGGGCAAGUUUUGGUAAGAAUGGCUCUAAUUUUAUAUGUAACUUCAUAGUUUCAUGAGCUAAGUUCAUAUACCUGCUUUUCAUAUAAAAAUGUAUCUGAAAAAGUUCCCUAUAAUAAAACUAAUUCCCACCUUACAAAUAAGAUAUAUACAUAAUAUAUAUUUAUUUAAUAUAUAUACAUAUACAUUAUAUAUGUACAUAUAUAAUAUAUAUUAUAUUAAAUGUGGACCAAUGUAUGAAUGGCCAGCUGACAAGAAUGUUACAUAAUGGGUCACUAAGUUACUGAACAAGGAUAGACUUUGAUAUUUCCUGACCUGAUGAUAAGCCGCCGUUGACUACAGCAUAAUGUCGUUUUAUCUAACACCUUUAUUUUGUUUACAGUUUGUCCAUGUGUAGUUACCAGUGGGGCUACUUGUAUCAUUUGUAGUUCAAUGAAACCUCUAGUGUAAUCAAUCCAGUAAGUACAUGUGUGCCUGCUGUUGAGAACAUGAAGCAUAAAUCUUAUGAGUUCAGGGGUUGGUGAGUUCCAAUUAUGGUGUCAUGAACUGGUUGGCUAUACCUAUGGUUUAUUGACGCUAAUAUUUUUAAGGUACCAAGAGCCAUGAUUAUUACCUUGUUUCCAUGGAAAGCAUCCUUGGUUUUAUGACAGAUCCUUUUGAUGCAGUUUUAAGGAAUAUGUUCUUGGAAAACACAGGGACCUGCACAGGUUUUGUUUUUAAACUGAUUAAUUAUAUUUAUUGAUAAAAUAUUGUCAUAUUACACAUGUUUGUAUGACUUCAUCUGUACAUGUUUAAAUAAGUUAUACAUUAUGACAAAUCUUAAGUCAUAAAAGAAAUAAUUGAGUUUUGAGUAUGCAAUAAAAUGCCAAAG